AUGCUUGGCAUGGCGGUACUGUCACGGUGUUUGUUUAACUUCUGUUCAUUUCACACCAUGGUUAACGCUGUCUUUACUACUCCAGAGCCAGGUACUGUCUUGCAGCCCAUAUACGAGUAUUCCGACGAGCAACAAGCUCAUAUAAAGACAUUACGGGAGUAUGCAGAUACCCUGCUUCUGGACCCAUUAGAUCCGUACUAUAAAUGGGAGCUGCGAUGGUUGAACAAGCCAGAUACCAUGCCUCGGUACAUGCGCGCGGCAAAAUGGAAACUCCCUGAUGCGAAACGUAGAAUAGAGGGAACAAUCAAAUGGAGGAGAGAAUUCCGACCGGAGUUAAUCAGACCCGAUGAGGUGAAGAUAGAAGCCGAGACAGGGAAAAUCCUCUUAAAUGGGUUCGAUAAAGAUGGCAGGCCCAUCAUCUACAUGCGCCCUGGUCGUGAGAAUACCGAAACCAGUCCUAGGCAGUUAAGACACCUCGUUUGGUGGCUAACGUGCAAAGACUUCAUGCCCCCAGGACAAGAGUCAUUGGUUAUCAUCGUAGAUUAUAAAUCCACGACGCUUCGCACCAACCCGUCGAUUUCCGUUGCCAGUAAAGUACUUACGAUCCUUCAGCAGCACUAUGUAGAGACUCUCGGUCGCGCAAUCGUCACCAACCUCCCAAUGUUGCUCAACUUCUUUUACAAAGGCAUUUCACCGUUCUUGGAUCCUGUCACCCGGGACAAGAUGAGGUUUAAUCCUGAUCUUCUUGACCUCAUUCCAAAGUCUCAGCUGGACUCCGACUUUGGAGGCGAUUUUGAUUUCGAGUUCGAUCACGAGACGUACUGGAAACAGAUCGUCGAUUUCUGUGGCAUCGCUGAAGACGGCACCCGCUUAGAAGGCUAUUUCGACGGACCAAAGAAUAUUCAUGGAGAACUGCCUUCACAGCAUUCCGACGAGGAUACUGAACCCGGUACUGCAUCUCGCACCUCCACCUCGUCCACCACUGCAUCUGUUACGUCUGCUGGCGAGACAAAGGCGCUUGCUUCUCCCGAAGCGACACCCGCUGCCCCCGAGUUAAAUGAGGUGUCGUAGAUCACCCAGGUGUUAUAUAUAUAUAUAAUUGUACGCUAUAUACACAUCAAUGUAGUCUAACAGAGAAGCGUUUGUAUAACAGGGUCUUCAAAUCCUUA